GGCCACUUAAGGCGGAGUCCCGGCGUUCUGGCAGCGCCGGAGCUGGGCAGCAGAGACCGGCUGGGCUGGCAUUCACCCACGACCCCCCUUCCCUGCUAUGUCGGUCCAUCUGUAGCAGGUUCCAGGCCCCCUCCCCCGCCUCGGUGGCAUGUGGGCAGAGCUAGCGGGGGGCCAGGUGCGCAGAGCCACCAGGGCUCUAGGGCACUCUGGGGGCGGCUCUGCCCGCCGCGCGCUCUGAUGCCUGCGGAGAUGCCCAACUGACAGGCGAACUGGUGAGGAGAAGAACGUUGCCUUUUGGCCCAAGCCCGCUGCACCCAUGGCACUGCCGGCCAGCCUGCUGCCUCUGUGCUGCUUGGCACUGCUGGUGCUGCCGGCCCAGAGUUGCGGGCCCGGCCGGGGACCAGUUGGCCGGCGCCGCUACGUGCGCAAGCAGCUCGUGCCGCUCCUCUACAAGCAAUUCGUGCCCAGCAUGCCUGAACGGACCCUGGGCGCCAGUGGGCCGGCCGAGGGGAGGGUGGCCAGGGGCUCUGAGCGCUUCCGGGACCUGGUGCCCAACUACAACCCCGGACACCUCUUCAAAGGAGAAAGAGAACCCGGGCCCAGCCCCCCGAUAAAAAGACGCUGCAAGGAGCGCGUGAAUGCUCUGGCCAUUGCUGUGAUGAACAUGUGGCCCGGAGUGCGCCUCCGGGUGACGGAGGGCUGGGACGAGGACGGCCACCACGCUCAGGACUCGCUGCACUACGAAGGCAGGGCCCUGGACAUUACCACCUCCGACCGCGAUCGCAAUAAGUACGGGCUGCUGGCGCGCCUGGCCGUGGAGGCCGGCUUCGACUGGGUCUACUAUGAGUCUCGCAACCACGUCCACGUGUCGGUCAAAGCUGAUAACUCCCUGGCCGUGAGGGCAGGUGGUUGCUUUCCGGGAAACGCUACGGUGCGCCUGCAGAGCGGCGAGCGGAAGGGCCUGCGGGAGCUGCAUCGCGGAGACUGGGUUCUGGCGGCCGAUGCGGCGGGCCGGGUGGUGCCCACGCCCGUGCUGCUCUUCCUGGACCGGGACUUGCAGCGCCGGGCCUCCUUCGUGGCUGUGGAGACCGAGCGGCCUCCGCGCAAACUGCUGCUCACGCCCUGGCACCUGGUGUUCGCUGCUCGCGGGCCGGCUCCCGAGCCGGGGGACUUUGCCCCGGUGUUCGCGCGCCGGCUACGCGCUGGAGACUCGGUGCUGGCUCCCGGCGGGGACGCCCUCCGGCCGGCGCGCGUGGCCCGCGUAGCACGGGAGGAGGCCGUGGGCGUGUUCGCGCCGCUCACGGCGCACGGGACGCUGUUGGUAAACGACGUCCUGGCCUCGUGCUACGCGGUUCUGGAGAGUCACCAGUGGGCGCACCGCGCCUUCGCUCCUUUGCGCCUGUUGCAUGCGCUGGGGGCGCUGCUCCCGGGCGGCAACGUCCAACCCACCGGCAUGCACUGGUACUCUAGGCUCCUCUAUCGCCUGGCCGAAGAGCUGCUGGGCUGAGGGCACCAGGCAUGGAAACUUCGAGGCGCCGGACGAGGCCAUGGGCUGCUGGCUGAGAUCUCGGGGGUGUGGACAGCAAACGAUGCUGUUGGGGAGGGCUGUGGGGGACUGCCUGGUUUAGGCGUACCUAAGAACUGAGAAUAGGGGUUCCCGGGUCCCAGGCAGUUGGUGUUGAAGGUAAGGCCCUUCCUCCCUAGAGCCUCAGCCCUACCCAAUAAUUUUAUUUUAUUUUCUAUUUAUAAAUUGUAAUAUAAUGAUCUGCUUGCUUGCCCAGCUUGUCGAGGGGGAGGGGCUGGGGCACUGCAUUAACACCGUCUGACAUAGCCAGACGUUCUGACAGGUGGGAUGAAAAAGGGAAGGCUUCCAGGAGCUUAUUGAAAACGUCUCUACUCAGAGGGUGAGGAAAGGGAUGCUGGACCCAAGUCAACGCCUGCCCACCUCCCGCCCAGAGCGCACAAACAUUCUGCCCUGGAGUUUGCAGCUUGGGUGGGCAUUGUGCAGGGGGUGGAAAGUCCCUUGCACGUCAUUUCUCUGCAGCCGCUCCCCAAGAUGCUCAGGCUCCCCCUGGCAUCAGCACACAAAGCAUCUCAGCCUGCUCUUGCUCACCAGCAGCUCUGGCGCCUUCUUUCAAGGCCAUGAAUCAACCUGGCCCACCCCCUACGCUGGUAGGGGUGUCUGGAUGAGGCUGAUGUUGUUUUCUGGGAUAUCAGUGUGUUAUCUGAUGAUAGGGGUGGGCAUGUGUGUUGGGGAGGGGGGAUCCCUGGCUGAUAACAGUCCCCAUGCCCUGGUGUGGUGUAGCCCAAAGAAAACACUUGUAGACAGAGGAAGUUCAAAACUGUUCUUACCAAGGGCUUCGGAGAAUGGGUUCAGCAUGGAGGGGUGUGUUUGUGUAUGGGAGGGGGAGAAUAGUUCCCCAACUAGGGCAUGUAAUUAUCACAGCUGGAGCUCCCUUCCUGACUGCAAGCUCUGCUGGUUAUUUCUAUGGCUUCCUCCUGUCUCCCACCUUUGCUAGCUCUGCCUCCCUGGCCUGGGUGUUUUUGGAAACCUUGGGUUCCAAUGGAGUAGACACUUGGAACCCAGGCAGGCAGAUCCACUUCCUGAGUUAGGAGUAGAAGUCUCUGGAAGGCGAGUGUCAAGGGCCUGGAGGAUGGUACUGCUUGGAUCCCCCCAACCCCCUUUCCCUGCAGCAGCUGUGCUGGUGGUUAGAUGGGUCCACAGCAGAGCACAUAGGUCCCUGCUUAUAAACUGCCCUCUGGUGGCCUUCAGGAGAAUUCGAGGCUUAGGUAGGCAGUGCUUUGUUGGAAAGCCUAGAGAUGACUCUGCUCUGUGGAGGGGACCUGUGCAAAGGCAGCCUCCCCCAGGAAGGAGAGCUGGUGGGAAGGGCAGGCUAAGUUGCCAGAGCAGAGCUGCAGGUAUCAGGAGCUGGAGAGGAGCCCAUCUGCUUCUCUCAGGAAAACCCGUUCAAGCUGCCGCAUCCUUGUAUCCCUUGUGCCUGCUCGAAGCUGGGGUAGGCCAGAUUUCAUUACAUGUCAAAGUUGCUCCCUUGUGUCCCUUGCCUUUGCACCCUUAAGUACAUUGGCCAAGCAGGUAAAAGCAUACUAAAUAGGGUUCCAGGAAGUGUCUGAUAGAGCCAACAUUUGGACCCUAGGUUUGCCUUGGCACCUGUCGCCACCUCGCCUUGGCCCAGACUCAGAAACACACCCAAGCUGCAGGGUCUUCCUGCUUUCUUUCUGAAUCUGCCUUUGCCUCCCACCAGAUUCUGGUGCUGUCCUGUCAUGUCACCCCAGGUACUGCCUAAUCUGAUAAAUUAGUCUUCCUAUAUCGAUGGUUCCUUCUUCUUGCUAUACUACUCAGAUAAUGCAUAUGUCUUAAAGGCCCUCUGAAAAUAAUAUUGUGUGUGUGUGUGUGUGUGUGUGUGUGUGAAGACAUCCACAUCUCUUUGCAGAGUGCCUGGAUUCUGUAGCUGGCUCUGGUUUCUAACUCCAACUUUCUGCUAAUGCACACCCUGGGAGACAGCAGAUGUAGGCUCAAGUGUUUAGUCUUUGCCUCCCCUUGUGUGAGAUCUGAUUGAGUUCUGGGCUCCAGGUGUCAGCCCAGGUGUUGCAAGCAUUUGGGGAGUGAGCUAGCAAAACCAGUGGCAGUUUGUCUCUUUCCCUCUGUCAAAAAAAAAAAAAAAAAAAAAAAAAAAAAGGAGAAAAAAAUCAUAUCCUGGGGACAGGCAUUUGAUGAUGAACCUGGUUAGACUCUGCAUGGGACUCUAACAUGCAACUCUGAUUACAGCUUCCUGCUAAUGGCUCAGCAUGAGGGGCAGCAGGUGGUAGUUCAAGUAGUUGGCUCCCAUGUGGGAUACUUUAUUGAGUACCUAGCUCCCGGCUGUUGUGUGCAUUUGGGGAUGAAUCAUCAGAUGGAAGAUCUUUCUGUAUUGGUCUCUGUCUCUCUAUUUGCCUGCCUUUCAAAUAGAUGAAAACAGGUUUAAGAAAAUCCACAUCCUGGGGCUGAUGCUGUGGCACAGUGGGUUAAGCUGCCAUCUGCAAUACUGGUAUUCAAUAUGGGUGCUGGUUCAGGUCCCAGCUGCUUCACUUCUGAUCCAGUUCCCUGCUACAGCUCCUGAGAAAGCUGCAGAAGAUGGCCCAAGUGCUUGGGCCCCUGCCACUCAUGUGGGAGAUCCAGAAGGAGUUCCAGGCUCCUGGCUUUGGCCUGACUCAGCCCUGGCCAUUGCAGCCAUUUGGAGAGGGAAUCAGCAGAUGGAAGAUCUCUGUUUCUCCCUUUCUCUCUGUAACUCUGCCUUUCAAAUAAAUAAAUCUUAAUAUUAAAAAAAAAA